UUAGGUAGUAAAUUAAUAGUUAAAGUAUAUUGAAAAACUAUAUUUUCAUUACUUGAUUGGACAAAAAAUUGUAAAAAUAUGCUAGGAAUUCAAAUAAUUAUCUAAGGUGCUUGAAAAGGUGUUGCCUCAAAUUGCAUUUUUAUAAGAUUUACAUUGAAAAAUCAGUAUUUCCCAUCGCUGCUAUCAAAUGUCAAAAAACAUUCUAUAAAAAUUUAAUUUUGUCCUUAUUCGUGAGUAAGUUUAUGUACUUGAAUAUUGAAAAUGAGUUCAGGAUUUGUGAGUGAAAAGGAAUUAGCUGAAGCUAGACUGAAACGACAAGAAGAAUGGGAAAAAGUUCGUACCGCAGAUCAACCUUUAGAAGCACCUGAGACGGAUUAUGAUCCCAGAAGUUUAUUUGAACGUUUGGAAGAACAACGGAAAAAACGUGAUUUGGAGUUUGAAGAAUCGCGGAAACUGAAAAACAUGAUAAAAGGCCUUGACGAUGAUGAAAUCGAUUUCUUAGAUUUAGUUGAUCAAAAAAAACUUGAAGCUGAACGAAAUAAAUCAAUUGACGAAGAACGUGAAUUACGUGAUUAUCGUAAUCGAGUAUCUAACUUACAAGAACAAUCGAUGGAACAACGAUUACAAGCUGAAAUAAAAGGUGUUGUAAAAAAGAACUCAGUCAAUACAAUUCAACGAAAUUGUCGACUGUCCCAAAAUCAAUUACUUAAAGGUGGUUUAGUUAUGAAAAAGAAUGAUAGUCAAAUACGUAAACGAAAACUAUCCGAAAGUGAACCACAAGAAGAUCAAACAGAUAAAGAAAAAAAAUUACGAAAUGAUUCAACGAAUGAUGAAACAUCGAAAACUACCAGCGAUACAACGGAUAAAACAAAUGGUAAUAAAGUUAAUGGGACUAAUGAAACUACAUCGAAAAAGGAGACGAAUAUUGUGACGACUUCUGAACCUGUAUUAAAAUGUAUAGGAAUUUUACCCGGUUUGGGGUAUUAUACUGGUAAUUCAUCGUCGGAUUCGGAUGCAGAAAGUUCAGAUAUCGAAGAAGUUGUAUAUGAGAAAGUACAAUAUGAUAUAACGGGACGAAAAAUAGAAGAAAAACAUAAAGAUGAUGAUUCUUAGAAUCCAAAGUUUUAUGAUAUUAAAGGAGGAGAGUCAACCAUAGUAAACCGUCCCUGAUUAUACUUAUUUCUAGGUCAAUUUAAUUGAUUUUAUUGUACUUGAAGACUUUUAGGCCAUUUCCUGCCAAGACAUAUUCUUGAAAACUUGUUUUUUUGGUAAUCACAGAUGAUUUUUAUCUGAUUUGAAUGAAAUGAUUUUGAAUUUUAGGCUUAAUUUCUAUUUUUUAAAGUACAAAAUUGUAUAUAAACCAUCGCAGGCCCGUACGCAGGAAACAUCGAAGGGGGAAGGGAUUCAAACUUUUCUGCCUUAUAUUAGGUCAUAUAAGGCAGAAAAUGUGUGCGCAUCGAUUUCACGACGCAUUGUAUAUUGAACGAGGAUAAACCGUUUAGCCGAUCUUCAUUUAGAUAUUGUCGAUCUAAGGUAUACUUUGAGACGACGCAAAGUUGAAAAACAGCGUUCACUCGUCGCUGUUUGUCAGAGGUAAAACUGCUAGAACGUGAAAUAUUUGGAAGGCAUUUGGAAACACAUCCUCAUUGCAAAUAUCGAGUGCUUCGAGUAGAUUUUUGACAUCCUGCCUGUCAAUUCGUUUUUGUUAAAAUUGAACUUUGUCGACUCAAAUGUCACGGGAAUCAUCGUGGCAAAUUGAAAAGUAUGGUUCAAAAACUUGAUCAAAAUUUUACAUUUUGUUGAUAUUCUGGCUCUGAUUGAUAUUCUUAUUCUAUUAUUUUUAACAGAAUCCUUUUAUUCCCAUUUUUGUUUUCAAUACUUUCAAUGCAUUUUACUCAAAAAGCAACGAAUGUCCAUGGUCAACGAUCUCGUGGUCAACAAGUACAAAAAAAUUAUUUUUUUAAAACUUGCUAGUUGGGGUUGAUUUACCGUAAGGUGUUUGAAUUAUGACAGUUAUAAAAUCAUCCUGUGUUCUGGAAUAAAGUUCCUAAAGUUUCUUUAAUGAUUUUAAAUUUUUGAUUCAAAAAAUAUUUGUCAAUUAAUAAAACAGGAAAUUUUUUGUGAACUGUCUAUAAUUUAGCGGUGAAUUUGUCUAGGAUUGGGAAUAUUAAGAGCUCUGGGUCUCACUUAGGCAUUAUGAUGUAGAGUUGUAUUCAAAAUAAGAUUUAUCAAGGAAGGUGUACUACGUUAGACUCUCGGACAAUAUUUAAGAUUUAUUUUCUGAUAAAUUUAUUUUUAUCUUUUAGGUAU